AGUUGCCGUCGCAGUGUCAAGCGGUUUACUUCUGAAGUUGGGGCUGCUUCUGCGCAUCGCUACUGUUCCCCGUCAAGGUUGCUGUCUGAACGAGGAUGGCCAAGCGCCAAUCAAAUGGUGGUGGGCGUAAAGCUCCAGAGUCAGAUUACCAGCGUGAAAUGCGCAAAGCUUUUGAGAGGUCCAACAAAGAAAACCAACCACUUGAUAAUCGAGCCCUCGUUCCGCAGCUUAUGCGCGAGCUGGUAGAGGUGCACCGCUACCGUGGGACGCUGCAACAGCAGCAGCAGCAACAGCAGCAGCAGCAGCAGCAAGACGCCGCAAUGGCGCUGCCGACCAGCCUCAAGCGGCGCACGCCAGUGCCGCCCAGGGAGCUGCCUUCACUCCGCUCACAGACGGCGCAGUCAGGCGGGAGCUUCCACAGUGGGCCACGCGUCGCUGAUCCAGAGAGAAGCAGGCGUGAUUUUGAAGGCACCCCGAGUCCUAAGGCCAAGGAUGCCGAGAACGUGGAGGUCCCUCGCCCGCUAAGCCCGGACGAGCAGUUCGAACUAGACUUGAUGUUGGCCAUUGAACGAUCACUUGAGGAAAACUUCACACCUCUGGGCAACCCAUCUCCAUACGUUCAGAUGCCUGAGAAGGAUGAGGACAUACCACAUGGAGAGAUGACUGUUAAAGCAGAUGUACAUCAUGGAGGAAUCACAGCAACACAGUUUGUUACUGGUGGGCAGUUACCACCCAAACAUCCGGAUCUUGGGCCUACAACAAGGCAGUUUCCAGCUGAGUCACUCUACACUGUGCCUCUUAGGAAUAAAAAUGGGGGUUCAACAAAAAUUGAUAGAAGUGUAUCUCCUACAUCAUCUUCAGAUUCUUCAAGUGAUCGCCCACCAACACCCCGCCCACAAAGCUGGGUCCCUUUUGCAAUGAAGUAUGUAGAGGAAAACUCUAAACAAAAUAUCAAUCAAGAAGAAGAAUUUGAAGACAAUAAGCUACAGGAGCUUAAAUACAUGCUUUCUGAUGAGGAACGAGAUGAAUUAGAAACACAGCUAGCAAUACAACGUUUACUGGAAGAAGUAUUCACAGAAUCUAAUGCUAGGUCUAUUGGAGGGCAGCAAACCAUGAUACAUGCAGGCCACGAGAAACAGCUAAACAAUUAUCAGUCAGGAAUGUGCCAUACAGCCACACCUCAGCCAACACAUCUCAGUGCAAAUACUCCCAUUAGCAUGAGUGGACAGUAUGCUGGAAGUGAUGAUACAGUGAUGGUGCCAUCCAAGGGGGAAGAAGUAACCAAUAAUGUACCUGGAACAGUCUGCACUAGCCCACCUAAACCAGCUCGCCUUUAUGUACGUGGUGUAAAUGCACCAUCUGGCUUGGUGGAGCCAUUUGCUUCAGUGGUUCCAAGGAUUAGAAAUGUACGAUGCCCACCUCCAAGCCCUACUGAUGAAGGCUGGGAAAACAUUCUCCCUUUACCAUCGGAUGGGCCUCAACAGGACUCCACCACUGAACAGCAGGCCAAUGCCAGCUGUGGAAGCUUCGUGGAGUCCUUCCUGCAUGGUACAAAUGCAGUGGGUCGCCAUUUACGCUUGCUGGGGAACUAUGUAUGGCGUUAUGUGUGCUGCUGCAAGCCCAUACAAGGCACUUGUGCUUCCAAUUAAACUUGGUUCUAUCCUGGUAAAACAGAUUUUCAGGUGCCAGCCAGUGCUUGAGGGAGAACCAAGAUAAAAGAUACCUGCAGGAUAAGCAUGGACUUAUUAUUUUAUAGUUGUUGCAUUUUUCUCUGAAAUAUUGACAGUAAAGUUUUAUGAUGAAUGUGGAAGUGGCAGAAUUUCAGUAAGCUGUGUGAGGUGUUUGAGAACUGCAUAUUCAGUGGAGCUAAGAAGACAGCUUCAGAAAAACAUGACACAACUACUUAAAAUGUAGGCUUGACUACAGAUACAUUGUUAUCUGAACAGUUUUGUAGUGAAGUUCAGAUUGUUGAGAAGAAACAAACUUAUAAUUAUUUGCUGAUCUUAAAUAUUAAAAACAUUGUUCUUGUUUAAACAACAUUCAUUGUAUGCAAACUAAACAUCCCAUCCAUGUAUUCUUUUUCAACAAAUAUGCAAGAAUAUGUCUGGCUUAGAAUGAACAAGCAGGAACUCAACCAGUUCUAUAAUUUUUUGUCUGACUGUAUAAAUAUUGGUGAAGAAGGUUGUAAGAGAAAAUAACCCAGUUGCCAGAAAAAUCUGUUAUAACUGACUUUCAGUAGCUCGAUAAAAACAGAAAAAUGGUGGAUUUGUGAUUAUAAUCCAUGUAUAUUCUUGUGAAAAUACACUUGUGUUAUAGUGAAAUGAAUUUAUGCAACUGACUACGCAAGGGAAACAUGUUGUAUACAAUGGCAAAAACAUUAUUUUAUUAAUGAUGUUAUAUCUAUAGAAAUAAGAAACAUAUAAUUUUUGUAUGUGAUAAUAAAGUUUUGUCGUUGCCAAAUAAUAAUCUGAUGUAAUGUGACUUCUUGAAUUUUUAGAAAAAUAAAAACUAGUUAAUUAUA